UUAAAGAUGCUGCAGUGAGUUCGGAGCUGAAUCUCAACUGAAGCCUCAGCAUGUCUAUACUGCUGAUGGUGGGUGUGGUGACGUGGGGGGCCCAAGUGGGGGUUAGGGUCCAGGGGGCCAAGUGUCCCGGAGGGGUGCUUGAUAACUGCCCUACCCAGCAGAGCAACACCUCCGGUGGGGGUGAGACCUCCAGGGACUACUGCUACACCGCCCGUAUCCGCUCCACCGUGCUCCAGGGCCUGGCCUUCGGAGGGGUGCCCACCGUCCUCGCACUCGACUUCAUGUGCUUCCUGGUACUCCUGUUUGUAUUCUCCAUCUUGAGGAAGGUAGCGUGGGACUACGGCCGCUUGGCGCUGGUCACUGAUGCAGACAGACGGAGUCAGCGAUACAGCCGUCUGGACGAACAGGAAUAUGUGGCGUCUGCCAUGACGUCAGCGCUUCCCGAUCGCUACGAACGCCUGACCUCUGUCUCCAGCUCAAUGGACUUUGAGCAGAGAGACCACGGCUUCUGCUCCUGGUUAACAGCCAUCUUCCGCAUAAAGGAUGAGGAGAUCAGGGAGAAGUGUGGGGAGGAUGCUGUGCACUACCUCUCCUUCCAGAGGCACAUCAUUGGUCUGCUGGUGGUGGUGGGCGUGCUCUCAGUGGCCAUCGUCCUGCCCGUCAACUUCUCAGGAAAUCUAUUGGAAAAUGAUGCCUACAGUUUUGGGCGCACCACUUUAGCCAAUCUGGAUGCCAAUAACAUGCUGCUGUGGCUCCACACCACCUUUGCGUUCCUCUACCUGUUGCUGACCGUGUACAGCAUGAGACGGCACACCUCCAAGAUGCACUACAGAGAGGACGAUUUGGUGAAACGCACUUUAUUUGUCAAUGGGAUCUCCAAGUAUGCAGAGGAGAAGCACAUCAAGCAACACUUUGAGUAA